AUGAUCAAUCAAUAGCUUUAAAAAUUGAUUAACAACACUUUUAUAACGAAAAAGAGAGUUUCAGCUGGGUCUUUCGGUGUAGUAUACUGUGGUCAAGACAUAAAUACCCGAGCCUUGGUAGCCAUAAAAAUGGACAAAUGCAAUAAGGAAGACUCGAGUCUAGAGAGAGAGGUAAUUGAAUUAUCAUGAUACAAAAAGGCAGAAAUACUACGAAGAUUGUAAAAAGUACCAUAGAUUCCAAAGUUAUAUUGGGCAGGAAAAGAAGGAGAUUCAAACAUGCUUGUUAUAUAAUAUUUGGGAAGAGACUUAACCCAUUAUUUGAAAACCUUCCGUAAGUUUUCACUACGAUGCGUACUAAAUAUAGCUGAAUAAAUGAUUAACAUUCUUGAAAAUAUUCACAAAAAGUAAGUAAUAAUACCAACUAUGUGUAGCAAAGUGUUGCAUCGCGAUAUUAAACCUGAAAAUGUUCUUGUGGGAAAAGAAGAAGAAGAAAAUCUACUAUAUAUAGUCGACUUUGGCAUCAGCAAAUUUUAUAAGGAUGAAAAUGAUUCACAUAUGUAAAGAUGAAUCAGUAAAUUUUAGUUCCUAUAGAGAGAACCAACCAUUUAUUGGAACUACAAGAUAUGCUAGCAUCAAUGCUCAUAAAGGAACAUCUUUAAGCAGAAAAGAUGAUUUGGAAUCCUUAGGAUAUAUGCUGAUCUUCUUAUUAAAGGGUAAAAUGUACCAAAUUUAUAUUAUUAAGGUUAAUUACCCUGGUAAAAUUUGUAAUUCAUUGAUGAAGAGGAUAAAAUGCGUUAAGUUGGCUAAAUGAAGAUGAAAAUGGAAAUGGAUGAACUCUGUAAAGGAAUUCCUCUAGAGUUUGGAAGAUUUCUAGAAUACAUUCGAGGUUUACCAUUCAAAGCAGAACCUAAUUACAAAUAUUGCUAAUCCCUUUUUAAAAAAGUAUGCUAAGAACACAACUUUUAAUAAAAAGAUCUAAUCUUUGAUUGGGAGACCGGUCCUAAAUCUGAUAGGAAUGAUGAUAAAAGAAAAUAAACAAUUGAAGCUCAUUUGCCAAGUAGUUAAAAUAGUAAUUUAGUAAAUAAUAAACCCUCAUUGUAUUUAAACAAAUUUAUUAACUCUUAGAUUCAAGAAAUCAAAAGAAGAUGUCUCAUCUAAUAACAUUGGAGGCUCACUCCUCAAUUACUCCCUUGAAUAAUUGGAGAUGAAUUCACUUCUCAAAACUCCAGAACAAAGAAAAUCCAACUUAGCUCCUGAUAUUAAUAGAAGAAAGAACAGAAUGCAAUCUGUGAGUAGUUAUAAUGAUUCUCAUUCUGAAUUGGAAAACAACGGAAGCGUGAUGCUAGGAAUUCAACCAAGUAUGAUAAGUAGAUUAAGCAAAUUAUCAUUUAAUUCAUUUUCUCGAGUACGAGAUAGUAAAUUAAACCUAACCUUGACCCCAGAAUAUAGAAAACCGCCUAAAUAAGAAAAAAAAUUAACUAUUACCCCCAAUUCAUACAUACAGUAAAUUUCUGGCUAAAAAAAGAAGUCGCUAAUUAAGAAUUCCAACUCACGGCAACAAUUAUCUUUGAAAAAGGAAGAAGUGGAGGAAACUAUUCAAGAUUUCUCUAAAAUGAAUGAAACUGAUGAAGGAAUAGAACCUAAAUAUAUGCUUUUGAAAUAAGCAUCAGUAAAUGCGUAUGUAAAUUUUAUAUAUGAUAAUGUAGUCGCUUUAAAAAAUCAAUUAACGGAUAAGUCAAUAUAUUGUAAAAAUAGUUUUGAUUUUAAUGUUUAUGUAUUAAAGAAGAUUAUAAUAUAAUACAUUAUAUCAAGAAUAAAAUCAAAAUUUAGUUUUCUUCUAAUUCAAAUAGCUCAAUGUCUUAAUGUUUCACAUCUUGACUAAUGGUUUUUGA